CUCCGUGCUGCUGUGUGUGUGUGUGUGUGAAACAGACGCCCAUGUGAGCAGCAGCAGCAGCAGCAGGAGAAUCUCUUCGUCUGUGUUCCAGCGUUCGGCCGCGGCUCCGGCGACGGGGAUGUGAGAAGAUGUCGGUGGGAGGCUGCGCAUGUCCCGGCUGUUCCUCCAAGUCCUUCAAGCUGUACUCCCCAAAGGAGCCCCCCAACGGAAGCGCUUUCCCCCACCAAAAAAACCACCCACAAUACCUCACAAACAAGAGCUGCAGCCCGACGCCCAUGUAUCCUCCCACGUACCUGGAGCCAGGGAUCGGGAGACACACACCUUACGGGAACCAGACAGACUACAGGAUAUUUGAACUCAACAAACGGCUUCAGAACUGGACAGAGGAGUGUGAUAAUCUGUGGUGGGACGCUUUCACUACUGAGUUCUUUGAGGAUGACGCUAUGCUCACCAUCACGUUUUGUCUGGAGGACGGGCCUAAACGAUACACGAUCGGCCGGACGCUGAUUCCUCGUUACUUCAGGAGUGUGUUUGAAGGCGGCGCCAAUGAGCUCUACUACAUUCUCAAACACCCUAAAGAGUCCUUCCAGCAGAACGGCAAGCCCAUGUUCACACAGGUGUGUGUGGAGGGCCGUCUGUACCUGGAGUUCAUGUUCGAUGACAUGAUGAGGAUAAAGACGUGGCACUUCAGCAUCCGGCAGCACAGGGAGCUCAUUCCCCGCAGCAUCCUGGCCAUGCAUGCUCAGGACCCGCAUUUCUGUUGGGAUCAGCUGUCCAAAAAGGGCAUCACCAGAUGCGGCCUGUCGAACUCCACCCUCAACUACCUCCGAUUGUGUGUGAUCCUGGAGCCCAUGCAGGAGCUGAUGUCCAGACACAAGACGUACAGUCUGAGUCCCCGAGACUGUCUGAAGACGUGUCUGUUCCAGAAGUGGCAGAGGAUGGUGGCUCCUCCAGCUGAGCCGGCCAGACAGGCGCCGAGUAAGAGACGGAAGCGCAAGAUGUCAGGCGGCAGCACCAUGAGCGCCGGCGGCGGCUCCAACAACAACAGCAACAGCAAGAAGAAGAGCCCAGCCAACAGUUUCCCGUUGUCCAGUCAGGUCCCAGAUGUGAUGGUGGUGGGCGAGCCCACGCUGAUGGGCGGAGAGUUCGGGGACGAGGACGAGCGUCUGAUCACGCGGCUGGAGAACACACAGUUCGACGCGGCUAACGGCAUCGACGACGAGGACAGCUUUAACAACUCGCCCGCGCUGGGAGCCAACAGCCCCUGGAACAACAAGCCUCCGUCCAGCCAGGAGGGCAAGAACGACAACCCCACCUCACAGCCGUCUCAGUGAGACUCGGGCCGGGGGCGGAGCCAGGGAGCGUCGGGAUCCAAUGGGAAGAAAGAGGUGCGGUCGACUCAUUCAUCUACCUGCAGUAGCUGGUCUUCCUGUCAGCAGAGGAAGUGACCCUGGAGGACCAGAGAUGAGCGGCACACCACGACAGAAACCGUUUACUCGUCACAGGACAGUUUUCAUUCACACGCUCGUGGUUUUGUUGGUGAUGUAUGAGGAGCCUGUAGAUAGUUCAUAUGUUUAAGUUAAGAUGAAGCGGAGAAAUCUGACCACGUAACACACCAACAAGACCAAGACACAUCCAGCUCCUGUUUCUCUCACAAGAAAUGACAUUUUGCAUGAGGAAAAUAUGAUUUUCUAUCUCACAAUUCAGACUUUUUUCCCCUUAGAAUUUUUUUUAUUCUGACUUU